AUGAGGAUCCUGCUAAGCGAACUAGGACUGUCUGGCGCGUGCCUCGGUCUGACCCUGGAGUCGCGCGCCGCUUCCCUGGAUCCUGACAAGCCAGCGCCAGGGCAGAGCGCCGUUGAGCCGCGCUCGCCAAGCGCUUUCUCGUCUAACUCGUCCAGCAUGCUACUGCUGCAAACACACAGCAACUACGGUACGUCCUUCACUGAUUUACUGUCGCCGCAAUAUCAAGAAGACUCAUCAGAAAUCUUAGAAGAAAAUUUAGAUCCAUUUCCUGACGUCGAAUUUCAUGCACCAGUUCCUCCUGAAGUUAAAUCUCAUCGUACAACUCCAGUGAGUGAAACUCCGUCACCUACACUCGGACCAGCCUUACCUAGUUUUGAAGAAACCUAUUCAGUUCGUUAUCCAAAACAAGAAAUGGCAGAAUUUGGUUUAAAGAUGGAUGAAGACUGCUACAAUGUCAGCGCAUAUUCUCAUCAAGGACAUGCUUCGACUCAAUUAUUAUAUCCAUACCAUCAGCCACCUUUACCCUAUGUACCGUCACCUUACUACGCACAAGCUCAGCAGUGCUCGCCAACCUUUGAUACUGGUGGAGUAACUAAUGCUCAAGAUUCCUAUUCAUUGCCACCAUUUUCAAACUCUGUGGAUUUACAUAUAUCUACGGAUCAAAGUGCCCGACAGCGAAGAUCAUCAUUACCAGUUCAAAGAUCUGAAUCCAGUAGUUCUAACGAAAGUCCUAAGCUUCACGGCAGUAGAGUUCACUGCAUGCAAGCAUCGGCCCCAAGCUCUGCAUCUAGCUCACCAGGCGGAGCACCGCAAGAAAAUACAGCGUCACGAGCUGCACCCACAUCACCUAGCCAACUUUGUGCCGUUUGUGGAGAUACUGCUGCAUGUCAACAUUAUGGCGUGAGAACGUGUGAAGGGUGUAAAGGAUUUUUUAAAAGAACCGUUCAAAAAGGUUCUAAAUAUGUAUGCUUAGCUGAAAAAUCUUGCCCAGUCGAUAAAAGAAGACGAAAUCGAUGUCAAUUUUGUCGCUUUCAGAAGUGUCUAGCCGUCGGUAUGGUUAAAGAAGUGGUCCGAACCGAUUCACUGAAAGGAAGGCGGGGUAGAUUACCCUCUAAGCCAAAAUGUCCACAAGAAUCACCUCCGAGCCCGCCGAUUUCGUUAAUAACUGCUCUUGUCAGAGCUCAUGUCGAUACUUCUCCUGAUUUUGCCAAUCUUGACUAUUCCCAGUAUAGGGAGCCAAAUCCUAUGGAGCCUCCAAUUGCAGAUUUGGAAGUAAUUCAGCAGUUUUAUUCGUUACUGACAACGUCUAUAGACAUGAUUAAGAUUUUUGCUGAAAAAGUACCAGGAUAUGGUGAUUUAUGUCUGGAGGACCGCGAACAAUUAUUUGCAUCAGCGCGACUUGAAUUAUUUGUGUUACGCCUCGCAUACCGCACUCGUCCUGAAGAUACAAAACUUACUUUCUGCAAUGGACUCGUUCUUGAUAAACGACAAUGUCAACGGUCUUUUGGAGACUGGUUGCACGCUGUGCUUGAUUUUAGCAACACUCUUCAUUCAAUGGAUAUUGACAUCUCGACCUUCGCCUGUCUCUGUGCACUAACACUUAUUACAGAGCGACACGGCUUAAAGGAGCCUCACCGAGUAGAACAACUUCAAAUGAAGAUUAUAGGAUGUUUGCGCGCUCAUAUGCCAGGCGGUGGGAAUACCAACGCAGCAGGUGCUCCACACUUUAGUCGCGUCCUUGGAGCACUGCCCGAGUUGCGAUCACUGUCUGUCCAAGGACUUCAACGUAUCUUUUACCUUAAGUUAGAGGACUUAGUACCGGCGCCUCCUCUUAUUGAAAACAUGUUCCGCGCCAGCCUGCCAUUCUAGGCGCCUCGCACGCUUUCCCCACACUGACAUCCCGAGGACCAGUCCUGCCUUCAGAACGCAUUCUCUUCUAGAGCCGACUCCAUUAUUUUUAUAAGUG